AUGGUCGUUUGCAAAAUUUUCGUCGAAGGUUCUGGAUUAGAUCCGCAAUCCUUAUUGCAGGUUCACGAGGUGGAUUCUUGUUUUACUGUCUUCUUCUGGUGGUUAUGUGAUAGUGAUAAGAUACGGUUGAUUCAUAUGUUGAUUCAUAUGUUGCUUCAACCACAAUUACAGUAUUCUCCUUGUGUAUUUCAAGACCAUCUCUUUCGAAUGCCACAAGGCUUGUCAUCAUGUAAACCUUGCAUGCCCCGAACAGAGAUAUUGUUCCCCAUGCAAGCAUCGCAUGCUGAACAGCGCACUUCCAAACAGGAACAUGACUCACAUUGUCUGGUUGCAGAACAGCGCAUGCAAAACAGCACAUUUCCCCCGUGGAUCAGGGGAUUGAUGGUGUCUUCCGCGUGA